CCCGCAUGUCCGCAUGCACAGCAUGUUCUUGUUUGUUUUCAUCCGGCUUUUUUGGUCCUCAGUGGUUUCUCGUCGAUUUUUCCCAAAUUAAAUUUCUAUUGAAUGCCAAUUUUCACUGAAAUUAAGUGAAAAAUCAUGGCUGAAGUUCUCCUAAGUGAGGCUGAGAAGACGUACAUUCUGCACGGUGUUCGGGCCGAUCUUCGGAAUGACGGUCGAACAUGCUCGGAUUUUCGGCCGAUGGAACUCGAAUUGGGUCUUGUCGAAAACGCCAACGGCUCUGCCCGUUUGCGUUUAGCAAACACAGACGUCCUGGUUGGAGUCAAGUGCGAAAUCGACAAUCCCUACGCCAGCAACCCAGGAGAAGGCAAACUCGAAUUCUUCGUUGACUGCUCAGCCAAUGCGACGCCACAAUUUGAGGGUAAAGGUGGCGAGCAGCUGGCGAACGAACUGGCUGCCCUGAUGUCCAGGGCGUACCAGACGAGGGAGUCGUUUGAUUUGAAAUCUCUUUCGAUUAUCAAAGGAAUGAAGUGCUGGAAACUGUGCAUAGAUGUUUUGAUCCUGGAAUGUGGAGGCAGUUUGAUAGACGCAAUUUCAAUGGGUGUCAAGGCAGCUUUGGCCGAUACCAAAAUCCCUAAAGUGUCCGUCAUAGGCAGCGACGGUGGAGCUCUUGAGUUGGAACUUGCAGAUGAAGCUGAUGGUCGAGAAGAACCAUUAGAAUGGACCUCAGCCCCAUGUCUUGUCACUUUAAAUAAGCUGGAAGAUUCUUUACUGGUUGACGCCAGUGCAGAAGAAGAGGCUUGUUGCGCAGCUGCCCUCAUAGUCGGUGUUUCUCCAAACAGGAAAAUCACCACAACUUCCAUUCCAGGCCACGGAAGUUUCUUGGCGGACCCUACCAUUUUUUCAAAGGCAUUGAAUUUGGCUGUUGACGUUGGAGUGAAACUGAAUUCAGCAAUUGAAGCUUCCAUCCGAAGACACCAAACGAUGAAACCUGCGCCCAGAGGUUUCCUCGACUAGGUCAAACAAGAUGCGCGUGGAGAUGCUGCCGGAGUAGGGACGGAGAUGGACUGUUUAUCACCACGAGCACCAAUUGACGGCGCCGGCUCUGGAGGCUCCGUCGGCGGCGGGCCACCUGUUGCUAGCCGAGGCACAUACCGAGUGCUCCAUUGGCGGCGCCUCUCUCCGCUCGCAUCAAAUUCAACCAAGCCCCUGUGCUUAGGCAAAAGGCAGCGCAAGACUGUUAGGCGGAUAGCCUAACCACGGUAUUUGUUUUUUUGAUUAACAUACUGGAAUGCAAUGAAACAUCAACAAUUUGUUUUUUAAUAAAUCGUAAGCUUUUCCAAAUUAAUAUUAUUUUAAAUUUAAACCUAAAAUAGUUAACAAUUAUUCUUAUUUUUGUUUUUAACAAAAUAUUUUUAAACCUUGUCAUUUAAAAUAAAUAUAUAAGUUUUGUACCAUUUAAUUAAUUAACUAUGGAUUUUACUGAUAUUUAAGUUGAAAAAUAAGUAUUUCAACAACAAAACUGUCAUAAAACUGUAGCUUCAAUUUAUUUUAAUUUAUUCAUUUUUUAUUUUAUGUAUUUUUUUAUAGAUUUGGGUUAAAUGGAGUUCAAUGAUUCUUUUGCAUUGAAGUCUAGAAAAAUCUGGUUAAACGCAACAGCUUUCACUUCGAUUUCCAUCCUUUUUUUCAAGGAACUCAAAAUUUCCCAAUGAAAGGUCACGAAAAGAAAUUUAAUAUUUCACACCCAAUCGUUAUUUACUUGCAAUUGCAAUUACACGGUGAUUUCAAACUUUGUCGCUUAAGGUGGAUUGUUUCAAAAUUUCCGAGCACAUUAAAGUGCCAAUUCGAGUGAGCGACGCUUUAAUUGCUUUUUGUGAUUACAUCCGUCGUGUCGCAGCCACUUUCGAUUUCUCAGCUGGGCGCAACGUGCAUUAUAGGAAAGGUUAAUCCCUAGAAGAGGCACAUUGUAUUGUUAAUACGAUAUCUGGCGAGAGAGUGGAAAAGUGUGAUAGUAAAAAGUACCUCUCAAGGUAAAUAAUCUGAAUAAUCUCUCGUACGUGCCACGCUGUAGAUAAGCUUCUUUGUCUUUGCCCGCUCAAGAGAAAUGUCACGUGCGUACCAAAGUCGCAGAGUUUCUUAUUAUUAUUAGCGAAGACUGCGUGUUUUCCUGCCGUAGAUUGAUUGAUUGAAUGGAACCGUCUGUCACAUAAAUUUAGCAAAUGACUUGCGCCUUUCGACUGUACAAAAAGCUAUACGAUUAAAAGCUUCCAGAAAGAAAAAAAAUAAAAUAAAUUGAGGAUAUGAAUUUUCUUUAAAAUUCAUCCUCAAAUAUAGAAAAAUCUGUGAAUUUCUAAGUUUUUGCUUCAAAUGAAAAGCAUGAGAUGGUUCUAAAUGUGAGAAAGAAAAUUGAGUAAAUGAAAAAACAUUCAGUUUUUGAAUCAUAAUUAACUGAUAUUUUUUUACAUAAAUUAUGUUAUGUGAGUUUUUUACAGGAAGCUAUAAAAUAAUUGUUCUUAUUACUGAAUUCUGUCCAUUGAAAUAAGAAGUGCAAGAAGAAAAAAAUCGUAUGAAAAAAUUAUUUUGUCAAUACAUUGUUUUGCAAAUAAUUAUAAAAUAACUUAUCUUCUUUGAUGAAUUUGUAGGGAAGUUUUAAAAAAAAAAAAAAACAACAACAAAAACCACUGACGUUAGUAAAGAAUUUUUCAUUAAUGUAUCAGUAGCAAAUGUUAUUUCUAUUUAUUAUUGUCUUAAAUUGCUUUUGUUGUAUAUUUUAUUUGUACAAAUCGCCAUAACAAGAAAAUAAAAUUUUCUUAAAAUAUCUUAUUUAAAAUAA